CACCGAUCAAGAUUCUGUUGUCAUGGCCUCUUCUUUGACGCAAGUCCCCCAAUGUACGACCCGAUUUGAGGCUGAGAGCAAACGACGAGACGGGUCGUCCUACAUUUAACGGGCCCAUCAGCACUGCCCUGGACUUGUCACUUGCACAAUCAAACCCGUGCUGCGUACUUGUAUUUCUGCUGCAGGGCCCAGACAGUCGUUCUUUUUCUAGAAAUCCAUUCGUUUUCCUGCAAAGAACCAUCCUCUCCCACAAGAUCCUUUCCAAGAUGCGGUUGUCUUCCCUCCUUACACUGGCAUGUGCCAUAACAGCUUUCGUUCUUUCCAUCCUCUGUCUGCUUGCUGGCGAUAAAAGGACGUUUCUGCAAGAUACGGAAAUAUUGACACUCAACAUCUCCCGGCUCGGUCAUGGGAGUCUAUUUGAUACCUCUAGUGGCGACAGCGGCUUGCUCUCCAGCUUGAGCAGCACCAUUCAGCAGGAUAUCAACGACAUCAUUGGCGAUGCAACCACUGAUAUUGCCUCGCUGCUGGGCCUACCCGACUUCUUCAAUGUCCAUGUCACAGACUACUGCCAGGGCACGUAUUCACCCAACUCCACGGUACACCAUGCCAAACAAAAUGUGACCGAAUGCUCCAACUCGACCCUGGGCUUUCACUUCCAGCCUACCAAGAUUGUCCAGGAUCUUCUGCCGGCUGGCAUCACCUUGGAUGACAUUCACUGGCCAAGCGACAUAACCGAUGCCGAACACACCAUCAAAGUUGUCAGCCGCAUCAUGGUGAUCUUCUACAUCAUUGGGAUAGUCUUGUCGGGUGUCGCAAUGUUCACUGCUGCCGCCGGCAUAUUUACCAACGGGCGACUAUCAGCGUUCUUCAACUGGUUGGUAGAUUUGCUUGCGUUCAUCAUGCUCGGUGUCGCCUCCGCUGUAGCAACGGCCGUGAUGGUCAUUGCGACCAACCGAAUCAACAAAUACACAGAUCAGAUCGGCAUCGCUUCGACCAAAGGGGGGAAAUUCCUUGCCAUAACAUGGGCGGCCACAGCAGUCAUGCUGCUGGCAUCGUUUGUGUCUAUUGUGCAAUGCUGUGUAGGGCGACCAAGACCCAAACGAUAUAGCGCGAAAGAUGGAUACUGAGACUGUGAGGUGCCUGAUGCAUAUUGGUAUAGGACUUUGAGGUUGUGGAUGACAGCAAGCCACCACCAUGGCGCACGACUUGUACAUGUUUCCAGUGGCGUAUCAGUGGCGCCAGAACCACCAGCACCAGACUUGGAUGAUAAGUAGUAAUGAUUGGGUUGCAGUGCUAUCGAGAAUGUUGCACAAAGCUACCACACUUUCUUCUUUCUUCUUGCGUGGGAGGAUGGCCGCCGUGGUCAACCAACGUGUA